CCCACUUCGCCGCCUCGCGCUCCCCCUGGCGGCAGAGCGAGCCUCCCUUUCCUUCCCACAAUGCCCGUUUAGCCUGGCUCUGCUGCGGCUGCCUCUGCUCCAAGAUGGCGCAGGCGAUAUUCGAAGCGCUGGAAGGAAUGGAUAAUCAGACAGUGCUGGCAGUUCAGUCCUUGUUAGAUGGCCAAGGAGGAGUAACUGAUCCAUCGGCGCAAACUGUGAACACGUCCACCACCAUCCAGUCCAUGGAUGAUGAAGAUGUAUUUCUUUGUGGAAAGUGUAAGAAGCAGUUCAACUCACUGCCGGCAUUCAUGACCCACAAGCGGGAGCAGUGUCAAGGCAAUACCCCCUCAUUGGCUACGGUCUCACUGGCUACUAACAGCAUAUAUACUCCAUCCGUUACCUCAGUGCAGCAGGCUCAGACCGGCAAUCGCCAGAUCUCUACAUAUAUUACUGUCCCACCCUCUCCUCUAAUCCAGACGCUAGUACAAGGGAAUAUUUUAGUAAGUGAUGAGGUCUUGAUGUCAGCUAUGUCUGCAUUUACAACUCUAGAUCAACCGAUGUCCACAGGGCAACCCUCUGUGCAGAGCAGCUUGAAUAUGCAUGCUGGAGUGGGAUACCUCUCUCAGCCACCACCUCAGCCUCCUCCCCCACCACCUCAGCCUCCUCCCCCACCACCUCAAUCUCUUGGAGCACCAGGCCAGGCCAACGCAGGUAGCAGCAGCGUAGUGGAAGUGUACAGUGCGCCUGCACCCAUGCCUGGGAAUGGUACAGUCGAGAUACAGAACCUGAGAAUGCAGCCCUACCCACCCAUGGAGGUGCCCAGCCAGUGUGUAGAGAACCCAGUGUAUCCGUCACCUCCAGUAUACAGUCCAGGCAAGCAAGGAUUUAAAUCCAAAAGCCCGAACACUGCUCCUCCCUUGAAUAAUACAUGUGGAGGAAAUGUGACCAAUUAUGUUUCAACGUCACCCUCCAAGAACCGUCGCUCUAAAACAGAGAGCAGCCUGCUAGAAGGGAAACCUAAGUCACCCAAACUGAAAUGUACAUACUGUGACAAGGCCUUCACCAAGAACUUCGACCUGCAACAACAUAUCAGGAGUCACACAGGGGAGAAGCCAUUCCAGUGCAUCGUGUGCGGUCGUGCCUUUGCGCAAAAGUCCAAUGUGAAGAAGCACAUGCAGACGCAUAAGGUGUGGCCACCAGGAAUUGGGUGUACCAUCUCUCGGAGCUCUGUCACUGUGCAAGUCAUGGCACUCAACCCCAACCAGCAGGAAGAUGAGGAAAAUGCAGGCUUAAACCCAGCUCCUAGAAGCAGCCCCCCGCAGCCCCAGGCAAUGCCUCCUGCAGAAGAGCAUGAAGCCAGCAAGCUGGAAGCCAAACAAGUGGUCUUGAUCGACAGUUCUUAUCAGUGCCAGUUCUGCCCAAAUAAAUUCAGCACGUAUUUCCAGCUGAAAUCACACAUGACGCAGCACAAACAUGAGCAGGUUUACAAGUGUGUUGUGAAAAGUUGUGCACAGACAUUCCAGAAACUGGAUUCCUUUUUAGAGCACAUCAAGAACCACCAAGAGGAGUUGAGCUACCGUUGCCACCUGUGCAGCAAGGAUUUCCCCUCCCUCUAUGAACUGGGUGUCCACCAGUAUUCCCACAGCUUGCUCCCUCAACACAGUCCCAAGAAGGACAUGGCCAUUUACAAGUGUAUCAAGUGUGUAAAUAAAUAUUCCACACCAGAAGCCCUGGAGCAUCACUUACAGACAGCAACACACAACUUCCCCUGCCCUCACUGUCAGAAGGUGUUCCCCUGUGAGAGGUACUUGCGGCGGCACCUCCCUACCCAUGGGGGUGGAGGCAAAUUCAAAUGCCAGAUCUGCAAGAAGUUCUUCCGCCGAGAACACUACCUCAAACUGCACGCUCACAUUCACUCGGGCGAAAAGCCUUUUAAAUGCUCGGUGUGUGAUUCAGCCUUCAACAGGAAAGAUAAACUCAAACGGCACAUGUUGAUCCACGAACCUUUCAAGAAAUAUAAAUGCCCUUUCUCGAAUCAUACAGGUUGCAAUAAAGAGUUCAACAGACCGGACAAAUUGAAAGCUCACAUUCUUUCCCAUUCCGGGAUGAAGAUCCACAAGUGCCAAUUCUGUAACAAGGCCUUCAGCCGGCGAGCUCACAUGGUGGAACAUCAGCGUUCUCACACUGGCAACUACAAGUACCGAUGCCCUACCUGCAGCAAAGGCUUUACACGCCAAAAGUACAUGAAGGACCACAAGUGCCGGCUGAGCAUGGCCAAGGACAAAGAGCUGCCGGUCAGAAAAUCCCAGAAGAAGUGGGGGACUCGUGGGCGGAAAGUGGGACUUCCUCUUUCGGCUCAGUUGGCUUUGACAGAACUGAAAGACAGCACAGUUAGGGAGAACCCUCAGAAGAGGGGUCCUAAUAAAGAGCAGUUUCCAGAGUCUGACUCAGUCCUGUCCAUUGUGGUUAGCAGAUCAGCAGCAGUGUCAGCAGGAGAUUCAGACCAUGGCAAUGCUAGCCAACCUGGUGGCAUCCCAUCUCACUUGACUUUGGCUGAGCUGCAGCCUGGUUCUGAGAGCCCAUGUGCUAUGCUGGCUGUCCCUGUUUACAUUCAGUCUACCGACUAACUGAAUAAUACUGUGACUUGUGCCCACUUCAUAGGGGGAAUAUGUUCCUCUGCUCUUUGAUGGAAACACCUUGCUGCAGGAGAUCAGAAAUAAUGGGAACAGGGUGUGUGUGUGUAAACAUUUGGGCUGCAAUGAUGCAAAGACCAGCAUUCUUAAAGAAAGGUGUUGGUAAGAGAGAGAGAAUUAAUCAGAAGAGGCGUUUAAGAAUCAUCAGACACUAAAAGGUAUGGUUAUGUGAGUUUCACUGAAAGAUGCUUAGUGGUUGACAAGAUUCAUGGCACGUCCUGAACCCAGUGAAUAUCAGAUCAUUGCAAUAAUUUGCAUUUUUCUUUAAUUGUUAUAGUGCAUCCCAUUUGUGGUUCUGUUCUACAAUCUGCAUUGCUCUGUAUCUGGCGUUUCCACCUGUAAAUAAGCAAUCCUUCCUACUGGAAGUGAGUUCAUUAUGUGAUCCUUUGGGAACAUUCAUAAAUUUUCUCAUAGACCCAUCCUAUGUCUCUCUGUUUCUGAUGUGUAUUGAAAAGGGAAAUUGUUGGGUACAAAUAAAAUGGAUCAAUUUUCA